GCCGUAGUAGUGAAGAGAAGGCGAGGAGGAAGGGAAGAUGAGUACGACACCAGUUCCAAGGAGAGAGAGUCCAUGGGGAAUGCCCGACGGAGACAAUCGCCAACCUCAGGCACAUAGGUGUAAUGAUCGAGCUGAGGAUGUAAUUCAGGCUUGCUUUGAAGGGAAUCCAUUUAAAACAGUUCCAGGUCCUUUCAAGCUCUUCUGGCAAUGCAUGCGUUCGAAACCAGGGGAGGAGCCCACAGAGCCGUUUCACUAUUUGCAGCUUGAUCCCCCCAAAAGAGAAGAAAUCAAACUUGAGUAAAGCAUUUAUAGUGUUGUCAGUGUUUUAAAUCCAUAAAUUGUGAAAGUUAUAUUCUGAACCUUUUUUUUUUUUUCCCCUUUAUUUUGGUAGUAUACAUUCAUAAUAAAAGACACUGUUGGGAGAGUAUUGCUUGGAAUUCAAUUAAGUGAUUACUUUCCAUUCUC